AUGGAUGAAACUGACUUUUCGGAAGACACAACCUAUGAACAACAAGAGGACUUGCCUUAUGAUGGGGUCUUUUCUCAGAUGAAGAUGUGCAGUUCUUACAACUUUACCUCAAUAAACGACACCCUAACUGUCUCAGAAGAAGUUGUUCUGCCAGGAGAAGAGUCCCAGGAAAAGGCUGCACGAUAUAAGAUGUCCCAGAAUGAAGCUGUAGUUAUGACCUCCGAUAAGAUCACUGAAAGUGCUGUCAAUGACAGGUGUGAUAAAGAUAAACAGCGUGCCUUGGCUUCUUGUGUUACAACUAAUAAAGGAGAUGCCUCAAAGUCACACAUUUUGGAUAUUUUACUCCAUCACCUCUCCAGGGAGCACUUCUUGAGGAGGCAAGGCGGCAUUGCCUAUGAAACUCUCCCAGAGACCUUGAAUGCUAACAGUCUCAGUGACACAACUGUUCUUACAAACAUCAUUUCAUGUUACGCAAAGAAUUCUUGCCCCAAAGAACAAACCCCGGCAUUCACUCACCAACCCAGUCCCAAAAGUGGUGCAGAAAACAGCAGUAAGCCUGGUUUCUUUCUAGGCACAGCAGAAGAAAGUAACUCUCUCUCAGAAAAAUCAGUGACGGCUGGGCAGGGAAGUCAUGAAGAAAAUCCAAGCUUUCUAAGUAGAUCUAAAGAUCCAGGUGAUAAACAAAAGAACUGCCAAGGGCAGACACCCCAGAGACAGCUGACUGAAAAAGCAAGUUCAGGCACCAGGCUCAAAUAUGGCCAAGAUCAAGUGCACUACCAGCUUCCAGACUUUUUUAAGGUUGCUCCCAAAGUGAAAAUCCCUAGAAAUGCCAUAACUAAUAAACUUUUUACAAUAGCUAACCAAGCCAGCUGUUCUCCUAGGUUGAGAAAUAUAUCAACAGUUGUGCAAGACAAUUUAGGAACCAUGUCUGGGCCAAAUUGUGCUCAAAAGCCACAACCAGAGCAAAAAAGAAAAUUUACUGAACUUUCACAACAAACCCAGAUGGAGCCUGCCACACACACCAAACAAGAAGCUCUCACAGGAGUUGAAUCUGAGAAAUGUCACUUGAAGUUGAUCCCAACAAACUGGAAAGAUCCUUCCCCAAAUUCUUACAUAUUUCAAAAGAUCUCCCAAGGAAAACAGAUGUGCCAGAAACUGAAAGAACAGACCGACCAACUGAAGACUAAGGUACAAGACUUUUCCAGAAGAAUAAAACAGGACUCUCUCUGUCAUUUGCAAGACACAAGACUGAUGACCAAGGAGCACACUGGCUGUCUUCCAGGAUCCCGGAGCUCAAGAAGUGAGGUGACAGGGCUACCAAGGGCAGGGCCACAGGAGAUCACCUCCAAGGAGCUCAGUGAGCUGGCCCCAAAGAUGUGAGUCCUCUCCCAGAUGCCUCCACCACUCAGCCUGGAGCGGGAUAGGGAUGGGGGCUGUGCCUGCAUCCAGCCACACACAUAGCCCAGAG